CUAUAGCAACACAUGACGUCAUUAAUUUAAUUAAAUCUUGAUUGUGUCGACGUUUCACAACGCUUCAAAAUGCGACUCUUUCUUAUACACGCUUUGUUAUUGCUCACCUACAGAGAGUGCAGUGGACAGACAGACAACAGUACUAGUGGAAGCGGAAGUGGAAGCGGCAGCGGAAGCGGAUUUGAAAUGAGCUCUGAAGCAACACCCGUGAAGAAAACUUGUGCGCUUGGACUUUGGGGCGAUUUGUGUGAUAUGAGUUGCGACUGCAACAAUCGUCACUGCAAUCAGGAAAAUGGAAAGUGCAUAUGCACCACAUGCUUCGGUGGAGUAAACUGUGGCAACGAGGUGGUUGGAGCUCCAUGCGUAAAGACUUUUCUUAGACAGACAGACAAAACUAACUUGUCUGCGUUUGGAGGGUUUGUACCUCAUGCAUCUAAUCAUGAAAUUCACAGAAUGCUUACUGAUGAGAUAGACGUCCCUAUGGUUGAUGUCAAAAGUGUGACCAAAGAGGUGGUCGAUUUGCCUGAUGGAUCGGAGCAAUUGCGGUUGGAGGCCACAUAUGACCCAAGCGGCAAAUUCCUAUCAGGAGCCACGAACCUAUGCAAGAAGGGAACAUGGAGAGCAACGUGUAUCUGCAACGAAUUAGACAACAAGUGUACAUUCAACAUCUAAAGUCGAACACGCCGCAGCAUAAUUCAGUGCCACUGGCAUCACUCAUGUAGUCAGACAGUCUGUUUCGUUAGUCUGUCAUGUUGUGUUUUGUUUGGUCCCAUUUCAGUCUGAUUUGACGCACAGCAAGUGCUGUAAGAAACCCACUGUGUAGUGGUUAAAAUCAGAUGCCACUGGGUCAGC